AAAGCAACUCUGCACCACUCACAGAAAAAUCCAAAGAUCACACACGAUUCUAAAAGAGUUAGAUAUCAUUUCCAAAAUGGUAACUGCACAUUUUGUUCUGAUUCAUACCAUUUGCCAUGGUGCAUGGAUUUGGCAUAAGCUCAAACCAGCCCUUGAGAGAGCUGGCCACAAAGUCACUGCACUGGACAUGGCAGCCAGUGGCAUUGACCCAAGGCAAAUUGAGCAGAUUAAUUCAUUUGAUGAAUACUCUGAACCCUUAUUGACUUUCUUGGAGAAACUCCCUCAAGGGGAAAAGGUCAUCAUUGUUGGUGAGAGCUGUGCAGGGCUGAAUAUUGCUAUUGCUGCUGAUAGAUACGUUGACAAAAUUGCAGCUGGUGUUUUCCACAAUUCCUUAUUGCCAGACACCGUUCAUAGCCCAUCUUACACUGUGGAAAAGCUUUUGGAGUCGUUUCCUGACUGGAGAGACACAGAGUAUUUUACGUUCACUAAUAUCACUGGAGAGACAAUUACAACAAUGAAGCUGGGCUUCGUACUUCUGAGGGAAAAUUUAUUUACCAAAUGCACUGAUGGGGAAUAUGAACUGGCAAAAAUGGUAAUGAGGAAGGGAUCACUGUUUCAAAAUGUUUUGGCUCAGAGACCGAAGUUCACCGAAAAAGGUUACGGAUCAAUUAAGAAAGUUUAUAUUUGGACCGAUCAAGACAAAAUAUUUUUACCAGACUUUCAACGCUGGCAAAUUGCAAACUACAAACCAGACAAGGUUUAUCAGGUUCAAGGUGGAGAUCAUAAGCUCCAGCUUACAAAAACUGAGGAGGUAGCUCAUAUUCUCCAAGAGGUGGCUGAUGCAUAUGCUUGAAGCUUUUAGCUCCUAUUAAGUUAACCUGGGUGCAGUUAUAAAUAAUCUCACAUUUUCAUGUGAGAAUUCAAUUGCACUAAAAUAAAGUUUGCGUUUUUUUUUUUUUUUUUUAAAUAUGGGAGAGUUCCACGUUGGUGUCUCUUCAUUUGCUGAGAUGUGUGUAUUUAAGGGAAUGUUAUCCCUAUUAUGUAAUCUUUAAAUUAAAUAAAUAAAUAUCUUAUUAAGUGAGUA